AUGCAUUCAUCAACAUACGAAAACGAAACCGCUGCACAAGACAACUUGAGUGCCGUCGCCGGCUUCACUGUAUGGGGCCAUGCCUUCUACGGCGAUGCCAUGGCAUGCGCAGCCUCGGCGGCGGCAGGUACCGGCCACAAGCGACCGAUGAUACGGGGAAUGCCAGAUCAAGUUUGUUCCUGGCCCGUGCCAGCUGUAAUGGCCGGUACCAACACUCGGCAUGUUGGUCGGCAUGCUAACCGACCAACAUGCCAUGUAGGUAAGCAACUGUAA